UAAAGCCGCGGCUGGGGCGUUCUCCGUCCUCACUCGCCUGGCAGGCGGGAGAACCACAGCGGGAGGCGCAGCCGCGGGCACGGGGGCUCGCGGCAAGCGGGAGGAGAGCGGAGACCCGGGCACCUCCGGGGUGCCGACAUGGCCGCGUAGGCUGCGAGCGGGGUGGCCUCGCCUGAGUCCAGCUCGGGUGGGUUGCUCCGGCCUGAUUUCGUACCCAGUGUCAUUGGCUUUUGUAUUUGCAUAGGAAUCAGAGGAGUUAAUCCUGUUCGAGUCUUCAGACAGACUUCUAGAGGACUCCAUACCUGACCAACAGCUGACAUUCCUGGUCGUGCAGAAGACGGCCAUUCAGGACGCCGAACUAUUGUGAUGAAAAUCUCCUUCCUGCCCUGGAUCUCUCCUGUGUCUCACACUCUGCUUGGCCGCACUGCCGCCUCUACUACCCUUUCUGGAGUCCGGCUGUAGCGACUCCCUACCUUCUUUCUGUCUGUGCUUUAAAUGGCACAGCAUUUGCUCAUCACAUCUGAAAAAGAAGGUGUGAAGAGCAAAGGCCAUGGCUCCGUUCCGCUGUCAGUCAUGUGGCAAGUCCUUCCUCACCCUGGAGAAGUUCACCAUCCACAGUUAUUCGCACACCAGGGAGCGACCGUUCAAGUGCACGAAGGCUGAGUGUGGCAAAGCCUUCGUCUCUAAAUAUAAAUUGAUGAGACACAUGGCCACACACUCACCCCAGAAGAACCACCAGUGUGCUCACUGUGAGAAGUCAUUCAACCGCAAGGAUCACCUGAAGAAUCACCUCCAGACCCACGACCCCAACAAGAUCUCCUACAUUUGCCAGGAUUGCCGCAGGAAGUACCACACCAUGCUGGGCUACAAGAGGCACGUGGCCCUGCAUUCCGCCAGCGGUGGAGGUCUCAUCUGCAAGGUCUGCUCUGCAGAGCUGGGGAGCACCGAGGUCCUGCUGAGCCACCUCAAGGCUCACAGGGAAGAAAAGUCCCACCAUGCGACCAGGGAGAAGAAACACCAGUGCGACCAUUGCGAGAGAUGCUUCUACACCCGGAAGGAUGUGCGCCGCCACCUGGUGGUCCACACAGGAUGCAAGGACUUCCUGUGUCAGUUCUGUGCCCAGCGAUUUGGGCGCAAAGACCACCUCACUCGUCACACCAAGAAGACGCACUCGCAGGAGCUGAUGCAAGAGAGCAUGCAGGCAGGGGAAUACAUGGGCACCUUUCCUACCAUUGCGCCGUCCUUCCAGCUGAAGGCUACUGCCAUGCCUCCUUUCCAGCUAGGGGUGCCCGUGCAGAACGGGCUUGCAGGUGGCUUGCCACCCGAGGUUCAUGGUCUAGUGCUUGCUCCCCCAGAACAGGUCCCCCAGCCUAUGCCGCCAAUGCCAGAGCAGCUUGUCACUCUGCACCCUGGGGUAGUUCCCACCUCUCCUCCCCACACCCUGCAGGAGCCUAAGUACAGUCCUCCUUCUACCUCAUUUGCCCCACUUGCUGGCCUGCCGAUUAAAGCAGAGGCCAAAGGCUUUUGCAACAUGGGUUUCUUUGAGGAAUUGCCUCUGCAAGAGCCUCAGUCGCCGCUCAAACUCAGCCCAUGUUUUGAGAUGGCUAAGGAGGGCCUCGGGAAAGUCACUAUGCCCAAAGAGCUGGUGGUAGAUGCUGUGAAUAUAACGAUUCCUGCCUCUCUGGAGAUUUCCUCACUGUUGGGGUUUUGGCAAAUCCCCCCUCCUCCCCCCCAGAAUGGUUUUGUGACUAACACCAUCCCUAUGGGGCCCGGGGAACCAAUGCCCCAUACAAUCACAUGUCUGGCGCAGCAGCAUGUAGCGCCGCUGCCGCCUCCACCCCCGCUGCUGCCACCGCAGCAGCCGCAGCCGCAGAUGCAGCCACCACCACCACCACCACCGCAGCAGCAGCCACAGCAGCAGCAGCCACACCCGCAGCUGCAGGUUCAGCUGCAGCCUGAGCCGCAGCAGCCGCUGCAGCCGCUGCAGCUGCAGCCACCAUUGCUGCCACCGCAGCUACCCCCGCAGCUGCCCCCGCAGCCGCCACAACCACAGCCACCUCCACUGCAGCUGCAGCCGCAGCCGCAGCCACUGCCGCAGCCAGAGCCGCUGCCGCAGCCGAUGCCACAGCCGCUGCCACAGCCGCUGCCACCAGAAGCCCAAAUAGCAGUGAGCGCUGUGAAUCUGGGCCAGCUCCCGCUGCCCCCUAUCCCCCACGUUUUUACAACUGGCACCAACACCGCCAUCCUGCCCCAUUUCCAUCACGCUUUCAGAUAAAUUGAUUCUUAGGAAGGCGUUUAGCUUGCGGAAGAUGCUUUAAGCAUCAGUUACAGUUUGAAACAUCAGUUACAGUUUGGGAGGAGGAAGCUUUGGAAAACAGGAUUGGGGCUUUAGCUUAUUCGCGAUUUACUAGCUUGAGAAAAAGAAUUCUCUAACUGCAUGCAUUGUGCCAAUAUAUAUCCUUAGUAUUGAUGCUUUGUACCAAAUUUAGUGAGCGCGUGCGUAUUCUGCAAAUAUUAUCGUAUUAUUAUCAUAUUAUUAUCCUCAUAUUAUAUCCUCAUAUUAUUCUCAUAUAAUCACAACCAAGAUCCAAAACGACAGCUGCUAUUUUGUAAAUGGUUUAUCGUGUUGAAUUUUAUUGUAAUGAUGUUGACUAGGUAACUUUGUGUGUAGCACCGCCUAGGAAGGACAUGAUGGAAAGGCUUGGAUUUCUCCAACUUGAAAGAUAUUUUUAAGAGAAGAGGGUAACCUUUGUAUGGUAUUUAGAACUAGGCGGUGUAUUGUGUGUUUUCUUUUCUUUUCUUUUCUUUUCUUUUCUUUUCAGGGACUCGCCUGCCUUCAGGGUUGGAUGUAGUUUAGUUACUCUUCUUGUAGCCUACUUUGUAGUUUAUAGGAAAAGUUCCUUGUGAAGCUAUUGAUUUCUUCAUUUUUAACGUGAAUUUUUAGUGUAGUCCUCAAUAUUUUUCAUGUGAUGUUGUUGUAAUGUGAGUUAUGACUUCAUUUAUCUUAGAGACAAAACUAGUUGUCAGUUAGAUCUGAGAGGAAAAGAAAUCACUGUGUAACCAAGUUAAGUAGUAAAAUACUGGAGGCAUUAGUCAGAAGUGUCUCCCCGACUCUCAUGCUCAUGUCUUUAACAGGAAUUUAAAACAAUAUACUGGAAUUAGAAAAAUAAGUGUAUUAGAUAAGAAUUCUCUUUGUCUAUCUUAAUGCGGUACUCAACGCUGCUAAAAGUCCCGUUAGUACUGUUUGUAGUCACCCAAUUGAAAAAUGUAUCUGUAGUAGUUGAUUAGUUUAAGUUGUUAGUUUGUAUCCUGAUGAUUGUGUUUGUAAUCACCCAAUUGAAAAAUGUACCUGUAGUAGUUGAUUAGUUUAAGUCGUUAGUUUGUAUCCCGAUGAUUGUGUUUGUAAUCACCCAAUUGAAAAAUGUAUCUGUAGUAGUUGAUGAGUUUAAGUUGUUAGUUUGUAUCCCGAUGAUUGUGUUUGUAAUCACCCAAUUGAAAAAUGUAUUUGUAGUAGUUGAUUAGUUUAAGUUGUUAGUUUGUAUCCCGGUGAUUGUGUUUGUAAUCACCCAAUUGAAAAAUGUACCUGUAGUAGUUGACUAGUUUAAGUUGUUAGUUUGUAUCCCGAGGAUUGUUUUGAAAAUGUAACCGUACUUGUAACCUCCCUCACUUGAUACCUUGUUAAUCGAUUUUGAAAGUGUAAAACCUAACCUUUGAAGACUGUAUCUCGUCUUGAGACUGUCUUUCCCAACAUAUAUAUCCUACAUAUAAUAAACGUUAAGCAUCUAGCA